AUGGGCCUUUUCGGCAACAUGCACAUCCACGAGAGCGGAAUUGACCGCCCUCCUGACUCACCCACCACGCCAAGCCCCAUCCCCACUUCAUCACCCUUUGCGCCCAUCACCGUUAUCGCAACUGACACCGACACUACUGACUUCACCUACCCACACUGUCCACGCACAUUCACCCCUUGCAUCGGCCUGGUCGUUCACUUGCGCUUUCGUCGCACGGAGACUGGCGAACCAGUGCCUGGAGCACCAACCUAUACCCACCAAGGUCAUCUCCACUGCCCACACUGCCCUAGCAUUUUCACGCAACGCAUGAGCCUAUUUGGCCACAUGCGUAUCCACGACGACCUGCGGUAGACAACCGCCGGCUACACCACCACCACCACCACCACCAUCACCGCCGCUGUCGCCGCCGCCGCUGUCGCCGCCGCCGCCGCCGCCGCCGCCGCCACCACCAUCAACACUCACCCACCGCAAGCACCCAACCGCCACCUCCCACGCAAGUGGGAAGGGGGCAUCUCGACUCGGUCCCCAUGCGCUUCGGCUGCACGGGUGACUUGA